GGCGAGCUUGUCAAGCCGAGGGGGCGUGCGCGGGCCUGGCCGUCGCCUGCUCCUCCUUCUCUUCUUUCUAGGGACAAAGGGCAGGCAGUUAGGCUGUGGAGAUCUGCGGUUGCGGACUCAAGCCAUGGCGGGGGCUGAAUGGGAGUCGCUGGAGCAGUGCUUGGAGAAGCACCUGCCGCCCGCAGACUUGCGGGAGGUGAAACGGAUUCUCUAUGGCAAGGAGACCAGGAAGCUUGAUCUGCCCGGCAGGGCUUUCAAAGCUGCCUCCGAAGGUGACUUUGAGCUGCAGGGAUAUGCCUUUGAGGCGGCAGAGGAGCAGCUGAGGCAACCUCGGACCGUGCGUGUGGGGCUUGUUCAGAACAGAAUCCCUCUCCCCACGGAUACCCCUGUGGCAAAACAGGUCGCUGCGGUUCACAGGCGCAUGGAGGCCAUCGUAGAGGUGGCUGCAAUGUGUGGCGUCAACAUCAUCUGUUUCCAGGAAGCGUGGACUAUGCCCUUUUUCUUCUGUACGAGAGAGAAGCUUCCUUGGACAGAAUUUGCUGAGUCAGCAGAGGAUGGGCCCACCACCAGAUUCUGUCAGAAGCUGGCAAAGAAGCACGACAUGGUGGUGAUAUCGCCCAUCCUGGAACGAGACGGAGCGCACGGGGAUGUUUUGUGGAACACAGCCGUGGUGAUCUCCAAUUCUGGAAUGGUCCUGGGAAAGACCAGGAAAAACCACAUCCCCAGAGUGGGAGAUUUCAACGAGUCGACUUACUACGUGGAGGGAAACCUGGGCCACCCCGUGUUCCAGACUCAGUUCGGGAGGAUUGCGGUGAACAUUUGCUUCGGGCGGCACCACCCCCUCAACUGGCUCAUGUACAGCAUCAAUGGAGCCGAGAUUGUCUUCAACCCCUCAGCCACCAUCGGAGCACUCAGUGAGUCCAUGUGGCCAAUCGAGGCCAGAAAUGCAGCCAUUGCCAAUCACUGCUUCACCUGCGCCAUCAACCGCGUGGGCGAGGAGCACUUCCCGAAUGAGUUUACCUCUGGAGAUGGGAAGAAAGCUCACCAGGACUUCGGCUACUUUUAUGGCUCGAGCUAUGUGGCAGCCCCUGACAGCAGCCGCACUCCUGGGCUCUCCCGCAACCAGGACGGGCUGCUGGUUGCUGAGCUCAACCUCAACCUCUGCCGGCAGAUGAAUGACAGCUGGAACUUCAAGAUGACGGGCAGAUAUGAGAUGUAUGCACGAGAGCUUGCGGAAGCUGUCAAACCCAACUACAGCCCCAACAAUGUGAAAGAGUAGCUGGCCUCAGGCCCUGCCCACCAAAGAGGGCAUCUCUGCCCCAACAGAUUAGCAAGGCGGCAAGCUUUACAAGUCCAAGUUCUCCCUGAUGAUGCCUGAUAACGUUGCUUCCCGUAUUGGUUUAAAAAUGCCUAGAUGGGGUGUGUAGAAUGAGGAAUGACUGCUUAAUGGGUAUGAGGUUUCCUUCUGGGUGAUGAAAAUAUUUUGGGACUAGAUAGAGGUAAUGGUUAUACAACCUUGUGAAUGUUGUAUAGUUUAAAAUGGUUAAUUUUAUGUUAUGUGAAUUUUACUUCAAUUUUUUAAAAGUGCCCAGGCACUGAUAGUGCAGUUUGAUUUGAAGUUAGGCAGAUGGGAUGCCCCACUCCUGAGGUUCCUGAUGUCUCCAUUUAGAUUGUCAGCAGCUUGAGGGUAAGGGUGGGAGAGGGCGAGGCCGGUCCAGAGUCACCAAACUGUUAGAGGGCUAUGUGCCGGGGGGCAGUCAGUGGAUGUGUCAGCUUGGCUAGCUGCAGUCUCCAUUAUUCAAUCAGACACUAAUCUGGGUGUGCUGUGAAGGUAUUUUGUAGAUGUGAUUAAAGUCCAUAAGCAAUUAACUAAGCAAGUGAGAUUAUCCUAGAUAAUCUGGGUAGGCCUGAUUCAAUCAGUUGAAAGGCCCUACGAGCAUAGUGAGGCUUCCCUGAUGAAGAGAAAAUUCUGCCUGUGCACAGCAGCUUCAGCCCAUGCCUGAGAGUUCCAGAGUUCCUGAUGGCCUUCCCUACAGAUUCCAGACUUGUCUGUUCAGCCCCCACAAUCCCUUAGGUCAAUUCCUUUGAAUAAAUCUCCUAAUAUAUAUCCUA